AAAGCGCUCCGAGGCGGAGCCGCCGCCGCGCGGCCGGGGCUCUUCACCCUGACCGGCCCGCGCUCACGAUGGCCAGCGCUGCGCCGCGGGUCCGCUACCUGGCGGGCUUCUGCUGUCCCCUCGGGGGCCUGGCGGCGGGCAAGCCCCGCGUGCUGUACCACGAGGCGGAGGUCUUCCUGUCCACCGGCAGCGAGCUCGUCUACGUGUACGACCAGGAGGGCGGGCUGCUGACCGCGGCGUUCCGGUUCCCGGACCAGGUGUGGCACCUGGAGCUGCUGGCGCCGCGCAGGUUGCUGUACGCGCUGUGCGCCCGGAGGGGCCUUUACUGCCUGUCGCUGGACCACCCGGGCAGGAGCAGGUGAGGGCGGGCCCGCGGCCUCCCUCCCGCACGCUCCUGCUGCCCCCGGACUGCUUCAGAGCGAGCAGCCGCACCUCCUCGCUCUUGGGGACCCGGGCUGCCACCAGCUCUGAGCCUUGGCCGCCAUCCCCGCCCAUAUCUGGAGCCCCUGCCCCCAGCACUCUUGCUGCAAGUAUCUUGCUCACAGUCCUUAGUCUACAAGCCGGGAUGACAGGGACAGCGAGGACGGUGACCAGCCUUCCCCUGUGAUCCCUGUGGACCCCGAUGCCUGCAUCCUUCCCGAUGCUGCGCUGUGCGCGUUCACCGUGCUGGACAGUGUGCUGGUCACCCUGGUGCAGGGCCCCGCCCGGUGGAAGAUGCAGCUGUUUGAGCAGCCCUGUCCUGGGGAGGACCCCCGGCCAGGAGGCCAGAUCGGUGAGGUGGAGCUGUCCACCUACGCCCCCCCAGCCGGGGUCCCAGGAAAGCCUGCAGACCCCCACUUCCUUCCAGUGCUAUGCUGUGUGUCACCGUCAGGCUCCAGGGUGCCGCGUGACCUCCUUGGGGGCCCUGGGGGCUUCACGCUGGAGGACGCCCUCUUCGGGCUCCUCUUUGGAGCUGAUGCCACCCUCCUGCAGUCACCUGUGGUCCUCUGUGGUCUCCCUGAUGGCCAGCUCUGCUGUGUGAUCCUGAAGGCCCUGGUCACCUCCAGGUCAGCCCCUGGUGACCCAAAUGCCCUUGUCAAGAUCCUCCAUCACCUGGAGGAGCCUGUCAUCUUCAUAGGGGCCUUGAAGACAGAGCCACAGGCUGCAGAAGCUGCAGAGAAUUUUCUGCCUGACGAGGAUGUGCACUCUGACUGCCUGGUGGCCCUUGGUCACCAUGGCCGGAUGCUGGCCAUCAAGGCCAGCUGGGAUGAGUCUGGGAAGCUGGUGCCCGAGCUGCGGGAGUACUGUCUCCCAGGCCCCGUGCUCUGCGCUGCCUGUGGCGGGGGUGGCCGCGUGUACCACAGCACCCCUUCUGAUCUCUGUGUGGUGGAUCUGUCUCGGGGAAGCACCCCGCUGGGCCCCGAGCAGCCCGAAGAAGGCCCGGGAGGCCUGCCCCCCAUGCUGUGCCCAGCCAGCCUGAACAUCUGCAGUGUCGUCUCUCUGUCCGCCUCUCCCAGGACGCAUGAAGGUGGCACCAAGCUCCUGGCCCUGUCCGCCAAAGGCCGCUUGAUGACCUGCAGCCUGGACCUAGACUCUGAGAUUCCUGGCCCAGCCAGGAUGACCACAGAGAGUGCAGGCCGGAAAAUUAAGGAGCUGCUGUCUGGAAUUGGCGACAUCUCUGAGAGAGUGUCUUUUCUAAAGAAAGCGGUUGACCAGCGGAACAAGGCCCUGACAAGCCUCAACGAGGCCAUGAACGUGAGCUGUGCACUGCUGUCAAGCGGCGCGGGCCCCAGGCCCAUCUCCUGCACCACCAGCACCACCUGGAGCCGCCUGCAGACGCAGGACAUGCUCAUGGCCACCUGCGUGCUAGAGAACAGCAGCAGCUUCAGCCUGGACCAGGGGUGGACCCUGUGCAUCCAGGUGCUCACCAGCUCCUGUGCCCUUGACCUGGACUCGGCCUGCUCGGCCAUCACCUACACCAUCCCUGUGGACCAGCUCGGCCCCGGUGCUCGGCGGGAGGUGACGCUACCCCUGGGCCCUGGUGAGAACGGCGGGCUCGACCUGCCUGUGACCGUGUCCUGCACGCUGUUCUACAGUCUCAGGGAGGUGGUGGGCGGGGCCCUCGCCCCCUCGGACUCUGAGGACCCCUUUCUGGAUGAGUGCCCCUCCGACGUCCUGCCUGAGCAAGAGGGCGUUUGCCUGCCCCUGAGCAGGCACACAGUGGACAUGCUGCAAUGUCUGCGCUUCCCUGGCCUGGCCCCGCCACACACACGGGCCCCCUCCCCACUGGGCCCCACCCGCGACCCCGUGGCCACUUUUCUGGAAACUUGUCGGGAGCCUGGCAGCCAGCCAGCAGGACCCGCCUCCCUGCGGGCCGAGUUCCUGCCCCCAUCUGUGGCUUCCAUCAAAGUGUCAGCGGAGCUGCUCAGGGCUGCCUUGAAGGACGGCCACUCAGGUGUGCCCCUGUGCUGUGCCACCCUGCAGUGGCUCCUUGCUGAGAAUGCUGCUGUGGACAUCGUGAGGGCUCGAGCGCUGUCUUCCAUCCAGGGAGUGGCCCCUGAUGGCGCUGACGUUCACCUCAUCGUCCGAGAGGUGGCCAUGACCGACCUCUGCCCAGCCGGGCCCAUCCAGGCAGUGGAGAUCCAAGUGGAAAGCUCCUCUCUGGCCGACAUUUGCAGGGCGCACCAUGCCGUUGUCGGGCGCAUGCAGACGAUGGUGACAGAGCAGGCCGCCCAGGGCUCCAGCGCUCCUGAUCUCCGUGUGCAGUAUCUCCGCCAGAUCCAUGCCAACCACGAGACGCUGCUGCGGGAGGUGCAGACCCUGCGCGACCGGCUCUGCACAGAGGACGAGGCCAGCUCCUGCGCCACCGCCCAGAGGCUGCUGCAGGUGUACCGGCAGCUGCGCCACCCCAGCCUCAUCCUGCUGUGACCAGGCGGGCCUGCCCUGGCCACGGCUCUGGUCACGCUUCCAGCCUCUGUAACAGCCCCCCAGGCCUUCGUGGUUUUAGAGGAAAACUGAGUUGGCCUGGUCAGAGCCGUCAGGAAGGUGUGGCCUGGCCACGUGGGAGCAGAACACUCAUGAAAGUGCUUGAAGGCCACGAAGCACAAAGCAGAUUCUGAUUGGGAGCAACCGAGGUGGGCUCUGAACCUGGCCGGUCCAGCUUCGCGUCCUCUGCUGCUCUCUCUCCUCCUCUGACCGCGGCUGCAGCCCCUGCACUCGCCUUCCUCACUGCUGGGCAGCCUUCCCGCCGCAGCAGCAGCCCCUGAGGCCAGGAGGCAGUGCGGUGCAUUCUGGACCCUACGGGCCGGAGAAACAGGAUUUCUGGGGUUUGGACUUGGGGUGAGUUUGUAACUGUUGCUGCUGCACCACCAGGAGCACCAGCUGCCCCUCUGGGUGGCGCUACCAGGCGCCCCACGGUACCCCUGUCACACUGUUCACACCUGCCCGGCUGCCCACUCUGGGACCCCGAGGUGGGAGGGUGCUCCCUGAGACCAAAGCACAAAACAGCAUGCAGGGAGCUCCUGCAAGUGCCCGUGGCCUUGCGCCACACCAAGGAAGGGCCAUCGGGUGGCCUGUGGCCGGAAUGCUCAACAACUAGGUGCCCCCGGCCGGGGCCGUACCCAGCACUGUGCACUAUUUUCAGGGCCACUCGGUGGCACUGUGGCCUGGGGGUGCCCUGAGCCCCAGCCCCCAGCCCCCUCCCUCAGACUGGGCUACGGCCCGCCUCCUGGUGCUGGUGCUUUCAUCUGGGGAGGGUGCUCGUGCCUCCCGCUGCAGGCACUGUCCGCGACGAGUGCGGGUAGGAGCCGUGAGGUGCUUCUCUGCUGUGACAAACGACCCUGUCUGUGAAA